AUGUCUUCAUCCUCACCAUAUACAUGUAUUACAUGUCAUGUUGCUUUUGUUAAUGGUGAAUUACAACGUGCACAUUAUAAAACUGAUUGGCAUCGAUAUAAUCUCAAACGUAAAGUAGCUGAUCUUGGUCCAAUUACAGCAAAUGAAUUUACAGAAAAAGUCGAAACUAUUCAACAACAACAACAACAACGUGCAGAAAAAAAUUUUGAUAUUAAUAAUCGAACAGGAUUAACAUGUAAAGAUUGUGGUAAAGCUUUUACUUCAGAAAAUGGUCUUCUAAAUCAUAUUAAAUCUAAAAAACAUAUUGAUACUGUUGCUAAACAUGCUACUCUUCCAAUGAAAAAUCCAAAUGAAUAUCAGAAGUCUUCAGUAGAUACAUCAAAAGACACACCGAAAGAAGAAGAUAUGGAAGAAGAAGAAGAAGAAGAUAAUGAUGAUGAUUGGAAUGAUAUGGAUGAUGGAGCUACAAUGACUAAUGCUUCGGCAAUGGAAGGUGAAACUCAAAUACUUGGUACACCAUUACAUUUAGAAGAAUGUCUCUUUUGCUCAUUAAAAUCAUCCAAUCUUGAAGAAAAUCUAAGUCAUAUGGCAUAUGCACAUAGUUUCUUCUUACCAGAUUUUGAAUAUAUUAAAGAUUUAACAGGUUUAAUUCAAUAUCUCGAUGAAAAAAUUGGUAUAUUUCAUGUAUGUUUAUGGUGUAAUAAAAAAUCUUUUCAUGAUGUUCUUUCCGUUCAACGACAUAUGAUUGAUAAAGGUCAUUGUAAAAUACUUUUUGAUGAAAAUCCAAAUUCAGCAUGGGAAUAUGUAGAUUUUUAUGAUUAUUCAACAAGUCAUCCAGAUUCAAAUGAAAAAAAUCUUGAUGAAGAAAUCGAUGAAGAUAUUCUUGAUACUACUGGUUAUGAAUUAGUAUUACCAUCUGGUAAAAAAGUUGGACAUCGAACACUCGUUCGAUAUUAUCGUCAAAGUUUAGCAAAUCGAAAUAAUGAAAGAUCAUUAGAACUUGUCAAUAGAAUUAAAGAUAAAUAUCGAGCACUCGGUUGGUCUGGUCCAGGAACAACAGGAGAAGUAUUUCAACGAAAAGUUCGUGAUCUUAAAUAUAUGCAACAAUGGAAAGCAAAACAGAAUAUGAAACUUGGUAUAAAGCGUCUAUAUCCUUCAACGUCAAUUAUUGGCUCAUGUCGAGCUAGACAAUUACUGACAAAGCAAAUUUAUUUUCAAUCAACAACUGUUUUAACAACAGAUAAGAAUGAGAAAAAAACCAUUGAUUCAGAAUUUCCAUUACUUGAUACAAGAUUUAAUCAAUAUCAAAUAGCCUAUCGUUAUCGACGUAGUAUUGAACUCUUACGUGGUUAUCUUGUUUAUAGAUUAUUUUCAAUUAAUUUUCUUGUUAAUAAUCAAGCUAAAAUUGCUGAAUGGGGUCAACGUAUUCUUGGUACUGGACUAUUUAACAGUCUUCUAAAACUAACUUCUUUUGGACAUUUUGUUGGCGGUGAAACUCCUCAAGAAAUUAUACCUGUUAUUAAAAGUUUACUAAAAUAUGGUGUCAAACCUAUUCUAGACUAUAGUGUAGAAAGUGAUGAUACAGGUGAAUUAUCAGCAGCGUCAGAGGAGAACGAUCGUAUGCAUGAUCAUAAUACCAGUAAAUUUAUUGAAUGUAUCAAAACAUCACAUGAUGUUUGUGGAGUAAAUAAUUUCGUUGCAAUAAAAGUAACUGCUCUUAUAAGACCCGGUGUACUUAAAAAACUCAAUGCUUUAUUAAAAUCUAUUGAAAAUCGUUCAUUACUACCACCUUUAUUUGAGUUUAUCAAUCAAGAACAGAAAAGUGAGAACGUGGUUAAACCAUUUCAACAGUCAAUCAAAUCGUAUUUAGCAGAAACUAAGAAUAAAAUAUCAACAAGUAUAAUCCUUACAAAUGAUGAAUUAAGUGAAAUUUAUAAAUUGCUCAUCCGUUUAAAUCGAAUAGCUCAAGCAUGUGUUGAACAUAAAAUUUCAAUUAUGAUUGAUGCUGAACAAACUUAUUUUCAAACUGCAAUUAAUUAUCUCGCAGCUGAAUUACAACGAUAUUAUAAUAAAAACAAUGAAGCAUUUAUUUAUGGAACAUAUCAAUGUUAUUUAAAAGAAACAUUUACUUCAGUAAGACAUGAUCUUGCUCAAGCCGAAAAAUAUAAUUAUGUAUUUGCUGCUAAACUUGUACGUGGUGCUUAUAUGGAACAAGAACGUCAAUUAGCACAACAAUAUAAAUAUGAAGAUCCAAUCAAUGAGAAUUUUGAAGCUACAUCUAAAAUGUAUCAUGCAUGUUUUGAUGAAGUAUUGAAAAGUAUUACCAAACGUAAUCCAGGUCAAGUUCGAGUUAUGGUUGCUUCACACAAUGAAGAUACUAUUCGAUAUACUAUUCAAAAAAUGCAAGAUAAUAAUAUAAAUCAUGAUUCAUCAUUGAUUUCGUUUGCAUCACUCUAUGGAAUGAGUGAUUAUGUUGCUUUUGCUUUAGCAAACUCUGGGUAUAAAACGUAUAAAUAUUUACCAUAUGGACCAAUGAAAUCAUUACAACCAUAUUUAUUUCGACGAGCUCAAGAAAAUCGAGCAGUGUUCGAAAAAGCAGACAAAGACCGACGUCUUCAUUUCCAAGCGUUUAAAGAUCGAAUUUUACAUUUGAAAAUUUAA